AUGGCCACCGCACCGUACAACUACUCUUACAUUUUCAAAUACAUCAUCAUUGGUAAGUGAGCCGUGAGCGAGCGUGCUGAGGGAGUGGAGUGGAGGCCUGUGUUUGUAUACUACUGUGCUGUAUGUGGGUCACCCAGUGGCUGCAGUUAGUACACAACUCAGUGAGAUGCUACUGCUGCUCUCCCAACACAAGCCCUGGAAGAGUUCCUAUCAGUAGACUAGAGACUAAAACUCCAGGCCCUACCAAUGACCCGAUCACAGCAGAUUUUCUUUGAUGCAGUAUGAGGUUACCACCUAAGUGAUUUAAAACACAAUAAAUGUUUCCCCAAGAAGCUAGCCUAAGCCAAGCUGAAUGGUUUGUUAUAAUGAACCAACAGUGUACUAGUAGCAGGGUAAUUAAUUCACAAAUACAUUAAUUAUUGCUCUCCUUCUGUCUGGUCUAAAUAACUAACAGAAAAAAAGAAUGAGCAAUGAGCAUGAAUAGCCUACAUUUGUGGAGGUGGCUUUUUUUAAUGUUUUUUAAAAUUAUUUGUUUUGUCAUUUAGCAGACGCUCUUAUCCAGAGCGACUUACAGUUAGUGAGUGUAUACAUUAUUUAAUUUUUUUUAUACUGCCCCCCCCCCGUGGGAAUCAAACCCACAACCCAGGCGUUGCAAACGCCAUGCUCUACAAACUGAGCUACAUCCCUGCCGGCCAUUCCCUCCCCUACCAUGGACAACGCUGGGCCAAUUGUGCGCCGCCCCAUGGGUCUCCCGGUCGCGGCCGGCUAAGACAGCCUGGAUUUGAACCAGGAUCUCUGGUGGCACAGCUAGCAGUUAGCCUUAGACCACUGCGCCACUCGGGAGGCAAGGUUUAACUUACAACUUACGUGGUCCAGUUUUCCAGUUAGUAUUUUCCCACCUGUUUGGUACCCUAAAACUGGGCAGUUAAAUCACUAUCUCAACAUCUCUCCAGCUAGCUGGAGGUUGUUUACCGUGGUGCAUCGAGGCCUUAAAAGCCCCACCUUAAUGUCAACACAUUUCCCUUCUUUGUCUGAGUGUGGACCUGUUUGACAACAGCCAAAAGCCCCCGUCAUGUUCUCCUCUUGUUUGCUGUCUGUUACGCAGACGACAAUGUGGUCAUACAACACACACACACACACACACUUUACACACAUCACUUUAGCUCCAUAGCUAGAGCAGACAUUAGUGUAUAGGCCUAAACAAACAAAAGAUGCUCUGCACUCCCCCACUCUAACUACCAGCCUUCCAUUCAGUCAAAGCCCUGCAGGUCCAUUCAUGCUGCCUCUUCAAGUGGUCUCACAUGUGUAAAUAGCAUUCUGUUAAUAAUGUCUGAGGAGGAGAGGGAAGAUGCUCUAAAUGAGAACUUGUUCUCAACUGGCUUACCUGGUUAAAUAAAGGUGAACAAAAAAGUGCUAUUUCUCUGCUACAACUAGGACUCAGUCUUUCCUGGUCAGACCAAGUGGUCAGGGAAAACUCCUCCCUCCCUAGAAAUUAGAUAUGACAUCAUAGGAAAUAAGUUAUGUCUGCAAAAAAUAUAUAUAUCCAUUUGUAUGUUAUGUUGAGAUUGAACAUGGAUCCUAACACCUCUCUCACCUUCUCUCUCUCUCUCCAUAGGGGACAUGGGGGUAGGGAAGUCGUGUUUGCUUCACCAGUUCACAGAGAAGAAAUGUAAGUACAUCCCCGGCUCCCCACUGACUCCAGACAGACACAACCCUCCCUCUCAAUCUACUCUAAAUGCCCUUCUGAUGCCUCACAUGCUGACUAGACCGGGCGCGACCGGGCGUCCACGUGCGCCAUCGCGUGCAUGUUGAUUUUUUUCCAUCCACACCAGACGCGAUCAGGACACGCAGGGUGAAAUAUCAAAGCGAACUUUGAAAGAACUAUAUUAAUUUUGGGGACAGGUCGAAACACAUGAAACAUUCAUGGCCAUUUAGCUAGCUAGCUUGCUGUUGCUAGCUAAUUUGUCCUGCGAUAUAAACAUUGGAAUGCACAAGGUCUUUUUCUUCUGGAUCUUUGUAGAAUUUUGACCCAUUUUGAGUCACACCAAAUUGUGUGUUCUCUACCCCGAUAAUGAAUCCACAGAUAAAAGAGGAAAGUUAGUUUCUAGCUAGUUACUUUCUAAUAUCUCUCCUUCAUUCUUCUUCUUGUUCUGUGGACUUUAUAUGGUGGUUGGCAAACAACUUUUAAAGUGCAUUACCACCACCAAACUGGACUGGAGUGUGGACCUCAGUUCAUCUUUCAAUCACCCACGUGGGUAUAUGCUCCUGAAACCAAUGAGUAAAUGGGAGAGGCAGGACUUGCAGCGCGUCAAGUGAAAAAAAAUAGAGCCAAGUUCUGUUUUAGCGCCUGGCUAUGCAGACUCACGCGAGCAGUUUGGAUGAAAUUAUUGAAUAACAUGCAUGUGUACAUUUUAUUUUGCAACGCCCGUGCACGUAACACGAGCAUUGUGGUCAGCAUGUCAGUCACGUCACUAUAACACCCAGGAGUUUGUAAUAGGUUUUAAUGGCAGUAUUAGCAGCAGUAAGUGCAGAUGCUCUCCUCCUCAUUUGGUCUCUCUAGCAUCACAUCCUGCACGGCUCAGUCUCAGUCACACAAGUGGCCCAUAGACGUGGCUCUGAACGAACAGGCUGCUACUUUGUGAGUGCUGAAUGUCAGGUUUGAAGGCUUCCUCUCUGCCGCUGGUUAACAUUGAAACGCAGGUGGUAAAAAACCAACUGGCAGGCUGCUCUGCCAGUCUGAAAUUGAUACUUGACCCACCUGCUCUCUCUGUUGCCUCACAAUGGAGGGUAAGUGUCUGUAUACGAUUUAAGAGUGCACCUGAUUUUAGACUGUGUAGAAGAUGUAUAUGGGUUCUGUUAAUACUUUCAGUUGGUGCUAGCUGUGUCACUGGAAGGCUGUUCUGUAUGGUAGUUCAGAGCGAGAGAAGGAGAGAGAGAUUGAGCAGGGGUAGGAGGGGGUGUAGUUACAGUAAAGCUGGGUGUACACUACAUGUUUUUUUCCCCGACUAAGCUGUCCCAGACAAGUUUCUGAGAUCGGAGACAAAAUCCCCAUGUCGUUGCCUACUCAGGGCACGCGGCCGUCACUGCCGCUCGUUCAAUGUGAGUGGGUCAGAGACACAAUCUGAGGCUACCGAUCCCGUAUUUGAGUAGUCCCAGAUGUGCCAAUAUUUUCAAACGUUUGAUUUUAUCAGCACAAUCGGCAAUGCUCUUUUUAAAAAAAAUUUAUUGUCAAAUACACCGGAUAGGUGUAGUGAAAUGUGUUGUUUUACAGGGUCAGCCAUAGUAGUACGGCCCCCCUGGAGCAAAUUAGGGUUAAGUGCCUUGCUCAAGGCCACAUCAACAGAUUUUUCACCUUGUCGGCUCGGGUAUUCGAACCAGCGACCUUUCAAUUACCACUAGGCUACCUGCCACCCUACCUUCUUGUAGUGCGAGAUGUGCAAUGAACAUUUUUGAGAGUGGUGACCAGCAAUAGCCAAUGAGAGUUCGCCAGACAUUGUAUCACAUCACCCAGAAUGUACUACUAGUAUGCAUUUGUACUUGCCUUUAACCAAAGCCAGUGUCAAAUCGUUACACCUCUGAUGUUUACAAGCAAUGUUAUUUAAUUCAAAAUGUUGGCUAAAUAUUUCAACUCUCUAUGGCAAGCGUGAAUAUCUGACUAAAAACGUUUGAGGCUGCUUUGAGCACAGCUCGUUCUAGCUACGUUAAGUCUAAUCACAUCACAUUGUUUUGGCGAGAACGCAUGGUACGGAGAAUCCUCACGACCAAGAGAAGAAUCUCCACAUGUUUGGCAAGACAAAAAACUACAGGAAAGAUGGUGGUUUAAUGUGAGAGGCUCAAUGAUAUUAGGAUUUUGGAAGUCGUGUAGUGUACACCCGGCAUAAGUGGAGUAGAGAGCAGGGAGGGAGAGAAAGAAAGCGAGAUGAGUCAGGCUGAGGAAGUGUGUUAGGUCUACUGAGUCAGUCUUGCAUGAUGGGAGAUGUAGUUCAGUUCAUUCCAUUGAGUCUCCACAUGACUCUUGAUAAAGAAGUGAGAUUGAAUUAAUUCCACUGCUGUGUUUGAUUUCAAUUGAUUUCUGGAUGUUUUGGGGAAACCUCAUUGGAUUCCUCUUUGCCUAGCCUAACGACCAGUGCCUUUUCCCAAUCUCUCUCUCCUCCAGUCAUGGCGGACUGCCCCCAUACGAUCGGCGUGGAGUUUGGCACGAGGAUAAUCGAGGUGAGCGGCCAGAAGAUCAAGCUGCAGAUCUGGGACACGGCGGGCCAGGAGCGCUUCAGGGCUGUCACACGUAGUUACUACAGGGGGGCCGCGGGCGCACUCAUGGUCUACGACAUCACCAGGUACACACACACACACACACACACACUCACAGAUGUGCCUGAACAUUAAAGCUCCAUGUAGAAGCUGCCUGUAGGUCCAGAUCUAGGGUCAGAUGAUCCUAACCUAAACCAUUAGGUUGAGAAACACACAACUGACCUCGGAUAAGCAUCUAGGGGUCAACUUCAUCCUACUCUUCCUGGCCCCCUCAGCCUGUUCAACAAUACACAACCCACCCAUUACCUGACUGGUCAGAUUAUCUGUCUUCAGUUGGUCUGUGUCUGCCUAUGUGUGAGUAGGAGAGGAAAAGAGGCAGAUACCAUGAAGUGCGCCCCCCUCUCUUCCUGAGCAAACAUGGUGUCUGCAUCCUGUUGCCCUCCCUCUUUCCAAAACGAAUUUUAGCGCUGCACGUUGACACCUGUGCCUCAGACUAAGAACUAAUGUCAGAACUGAAGAAGAGCCAGUAAGCGAUAUCAGGACGUCUUUUCUAUAAGUGAAAGGCUUUAGAUACAGGCCCACAGACAUGUCGCCGUGUGUCACCACCGCGCCUUUGAUCCCACUUAGGAUGUGGCACAAUCUGUUUUGUCCCAGCAUGUCGCCAUGGUAAGUAAUGUCCUCUUCUGUGUGUGUGCCACAGGAGAAGCACAUACAACCACCUCAGCAGCUGGCUGACUGACGCCAGAAACCUCACCAACCCCAAUACUGUAAGUAUUGUUUCACGUUAUGUUUCGCACUGUUCCUCUGGCUGCCUGUCUGACUCUCUAACACACUGUGUCUGGUUGGAUGUCUAAUUCUACUGCCAAGGUUCCUGUCUGUCUUUCUCUCUCCUCAUUUGUCUUUUUCUCCCUGUCCCAUUUCUCGCUCUCUCUCUCAUCCUGUCUCUCUUUCACUCGGUGUCUCUCACUCUCUCACACACACUGUGCUUUAUCCCACUGCAGCACACCCAUUGUGUUUGAUUGAUGUCCUAGAGCCCCGUCCAUCUCUAAAUUGGAUUUGGACAAAAAUUAUGGCGAAAUCACACUGCUUUUAUUUACGGAUCAGAAUAUGCUUUUAACUUGUUUGUACAAAGGUAAUAUCCUAAACUCACUCAAACAGUCAGCUAGUUUGUACUCAAAGACAACUGAGUCUCACGUUGGAAAAUGAUACAUGACUAGUGCUCAGAUGCAUUGGAAAUGGAAUAUUCAUAUCUGUAUCUUUCAUGGUGUGUAGCCGAUACAGUAUGUAUUGCUGAAUCCAUUUCUCACACCGAUGCUAAGUUAUAAGAGCUCUCUUUCUAAGACGCUGGGUAAAGUGAGCGAGCUGUCUCAUGUGUCGUUUUCUGCCUGUAAGUGAGUGAGUAAUAGGUGUGAGUGAGGAUGCUGCUGUUCAUGUGUUUGGUAUCUGGAAGACUGACUGACUCGGUCUGUCCUCCCCCAGGUGAUCAUUCUCAUAGGUAACAAAGCAGACCUGGAAGCCCAGAGGGACGUCACGUAUGAGGAGGCCAAGCAGUUCGCUGAGGAAAACGGUGAGACGGAAUACCCUCACUCGAUGAGAGCGAGAAGGAUUGAGAGAGAUGGAAGCGGAGUAAAACUCACAUCAAUCUCUCUCUAUCCCUCCCAAUGGAAUUGACUGUGCGGUAAUGCCCCCACACUUUCACUUGGGCUGGGAUUCAACCCGAUUGUGAUUGUAGACAACGCAGCUUUUAAAGGCAAAGUUACCGCGUUCGUUGAGAUCGCGUUCAAGGUCAACGCUGCAGAUGCCCGCUCAAUUAGAAAUGACCUUUAAAUGUCAAUUGCGCAGUAAUGCGGCCCUACCGCAGAUCAGAACGAAUCCUGGCCUUGGUGAUUGGAAGGAGAGCAAGAGAGGGGUGUGAGGAAGAACAGAUCAAAAGGAGCAACUCGUCUCUGAUAGAGGGAGAAAGAGGGAGGCGAAAGAGGAGUAAAUGGCACAUGCAUUCAAGCACAGAGUGCAAAAGACGUGAGGACACAUUCAUAGAGCGAGUGAGCGAUAAGUAUAGGUAGGAGGGUGGUUGGGGAACUGUAUAUUUCUUCUGCAGUAGUCUGACUCCAUUCCUUGUGUUACAGGUCUCUUAUUCCUGGAAGCCAGCGCAAAAACGUAAGUUAACUGACCUCUGUACAUUCCGCCUGCUUUUACCGCAGACAUUUUCAAUGGUCUGAAAUGUGCUGAAAUGCUCCGACGAGUUCCUAACCGUGUGACUGACUGACUGGCUGUCCUCUUCCCAGGGGUGAGAACGUGGAGGAUGCCUUUCUGGAGGCGGCUAAGAAGAUCUACCAGAACAUUCAGGAUGGCAGUCUGGACCUGAACGCUGCAGAGUCAGGUGUCCAACACAAGCCCUCCGCCCCCCAGGGAGGCCCGCUAUCCAACGAACCACAGCCCCAGAGGGAAGGCUGCGGCUGCUAA